GUCACACUCACAUUUGAGGGUCUUCCUCACUCUGACGUUUUCACCUUGUUUGUAUUGGAGAGCAUCCCAAACCAAGACCUAGAGCACAGAUUCAGUAGCUUGUAGCUUGCAGAUCGGCGCAGGGUGUUCUUUCGCUGCGUCCUCCGUACACAGUUUCUCACUUCAUUUCUUUGCCUGCUUCCAUGGCCGACCAAUUGUCGGAGGAUCAGAUUGCGGAGUUCAAGGAAGCUUUCAGCUUAUUUGACAAGGAUGGAGAUGGUAGCAUUACAACGAAGGAGCUCGGAACUGUCAUGCGGUCUUUGGGACAGAAUCCGACUGAGGCUGAGCUUCAAGACAUGAUCAAUGAAGUCGAUGCGGAUGGAAACGGGACGAUCGACUUUCCAGAGUUCUUGAACCUUAUGGCGAGGAAAAUGAAGGACACGGAUUCUGAGGAGGAGUUGAAGGAGGCGUUUAAGGUGUUCGACAAGGACCAAAACGGGUUCAUUUCGGCGCAGGAGCUUCGACACGUGAUGACGAAUUUGGGAGAGAAGCUGACAGAUGAGGAGGUUGAUGAGAUGAUUCGAGAGGCUGAUGUGGAUGGUGAUGGACAGGUGAACUACGAAGAGUUUGUGAAAAUGAUGAUGGCAAAGUAGGCUAGCUUGACUGUAUUAUCAGUAGUCAUUUUCAGUGGCGCUUCUCAGGCUCAAAUGAAAAGUUUAGACCAGUAUGUGUAGGGUCCUGAAUUGAAAGUGACCAUGAUGCUUAGCUUACGUGACUUGGUCCAGCCCCCGUACUGUAAAGUUCAUAUUUAUUGGCAUUAGAGUUAAGAAACAAAUUACAC